GGAAGUACAAUGGUUGAAAUAUUCAAACCUCAUCAAAAAUAUACUUCUUCAGUUUUGCGCGAAAUUUGGGAUCACUGUGUCUGAGUCCGCAGAUAUUUAUUAUACUUCAAAUAUGGAUAAUUCUUCCUGCAGUUCUUCGCCCGUUUUUGAUUAUUAUCUUGUGCUCGAUUUCGAAGCAACUUGUGAUGACAAAAACAAACCAAAACCUCAGGAAAUCAUAGAAUUCCCAGUAACCAAAGUCAAUUCACGAACGCUACAGACAGAAGCCGAGUUUCAUCAGUACGUGUGCCCUACAGCUCAUCCGAAGCUUACAACAUUUUGCACUGAUCUCACAGGAAUAACACAAGACAUGGUUGAAGGCAAACCAGACCUGCAAACAACCCUCCAGACUUUCCAUGAUUGGAUGGGAGAAAAUGGCCUGCUUGAUUCUGGGCUCUCCUCAUGUUUUGUUACAUGUGGAGACUGGGACCUGAAGACUAUGCUACCAUUGCAGUGCAAACACUUGAACAUUCCUGUCCCAACAUACUUCAGGAAAUGGAUUAACAUAAAAAAGGUGUACUCUGAUGUUAUGGGAAAACAGAGCAAGAUUGGUAUGCCAGGAAUGCUACACGGACUGGGGCUUGAACUGGUAGGACGUCAUCACAGUGGUAUUGAUGAUGCUAGAAAUAUAACUAAAAUUCUUGUUGCACUUGCAAGAAAACACCCAAAUAUAUCAGCAACAGGGAAAAUGUGAAAAGUACUAUGAAAAACAGAAAUCUGUUAGCAUGUAGAACAGAGUUAAUGGUAGUUUCUUGGUGUUACGGAGCAGCACCAAAAACACAAUGGAACAAAAGCCAAAAACAAAGACCUUAGAAUGAGACAAUGAAAUAGAGUACAAAGGCCUUGAGCACCAAAAACAAAGCUCUUCAUAACACCAAGGAGUACCCGAGUUAAUGGAUAAUCCAUUUACAUAAAACAAGUUUAGGGUUUCACACGAAUGGACCCCUGAAUUUCUCUGUAGAGGCAUCCUAGAAAGGGGGGGGGAGGGGUGGCAGGGGUCCAACCUUUUUCUGUCUCAAUAGUGUGAAAUAAUGAUAAAUUUGUGCAGAGGUACAAAACAAUAAAAAGGGUAGGGAAGACAAGCAUGUGGCGCAAAUCGAGAUGUAAAAGAUACAAUAAACAAGUGUUUGUUACA